GUCUUGUGUUUCAGUGCUGUAACUCUCUGACUCCAGCCAAAAUCCUGGUUGAACCUGUGCCUCGGCAUGCUGCUGAAGGGGAAAGUGUUCUUCUCCUUGUUCAUUAUCUGCCAAAAGAGCUGAUAUCCUUUACCUGGUACAACUCAAUGUAUACGGUCCCAACAUUUAAAAUUGUAAACCACCAUGUAAUUGGAAAUAUCACCACCUGGGGAGAUGCAUACAGAGGAAGAGGAAUGCUGUAUGCCAGUGGAUCCCUACUGCUCCAGGACAUCACUAAGGAUGAUGCAAGAAUGUAUACACUAGAAACUUUAAAUAUAAAUAACAAGGUUGAAAAAGCACACGUGCAGUUUUAUGUAAAUGAGCCUGUGACACAACCCUUCAUUCGAGUCGCCAAUAUCACAGUCAAAGGGAGCAGAUCUGUGACCUUCUCCUGUGUUUCACCUCACACUGGAAUCUCCAUCCAUUGGUUCUUCAAUAAUCACAAUCUGAAGUUCACAGAUAGGACAACGUUGUCUCCAUCAAAGUGUGGACUCAGAAUAGAUGACGUUAGAAGAGAGGAUGCUGGAGAGUACAAGUGUGAGGUCAUCAACAGAGCUGGUAAAGGAGUGGUCAGUCAGCCAGUCAGGUGGCCAUGAUGAAUGAGAGCCCCUUCCUCACUUCCUACAAUAGGAUUGAAUAAAACAUGGGAGAGAAUUAUGUGAUGAAAAUGCUCAGUUACUACUCAGGGGCAGCCGCAUGGUGAGAGGUUCCUGUGAUUCUGGGAUACACAUGUGUUUAAGAACAAGGUAGGAUUUAAAGUAAGAGUCUGUCUCCAACGUGAAAACAAAGACAUCAAUAGAAUAAACAGAAGCACAAAGGCAUCAACAGCUUAGGUUGUACAUCAAAUACAUAUCUAACCCUAAGAAUCAAUGAGAACUAAUUUCAGGAGCCCCCAAACUUUAGGAUGCAUUGAGUAUGCUUUCAAAACCAUACAGUGUUUGUUUAAAGAUAAAUGCAUCCUUUGUAUGCUACCUAAUCCUGCUGAGACUAGAUGCCCCAGGGUGGAGUGGUACCAGAUGGGGGGCUCCCUUCUCUGAGGAGAAGGGGAGGAGCAAUGGAGGGAGGGGUUUGUAAGGGUAGCACUGGGAGGAGAGAAAGGAGAAGUGAUGUAAUCAGGAUGGUAAGUGAAUUUUUGAAAAGAAAAAAAGACUCCUACUGAUCUCAAACAGGCUUUUUUUUUAAAAAUAAAGACCAAUUGUCCCUUU